UCGUUGUGAUCAGUCCGUUCGUAAUUCAGGUCCGAGCAGCGCGUGUUUCCACGAGCUUGCGAUCCGCUCGCGCGUUUCUCGCCUUCGGACUGUGCCGCGUACUGGAAGGGACAAAAGGACGAGGGAAAGCAGCGUGUCGAAUUUCGCAGCGUUAGAAAGCAAGAUCCACGACCUGCUUUUUCGUGUCUGUGCCAUUUCGGCCUACUUUCCGCAAAUUGCCCGGCGAGGAUCGCAAUCGAUCUUCGCCCGGAAAGGACACGUGUCCCGUGCAUACGUUCAUCUUCGUCAACGAUCAACAAUCUCGUCGCCAUGGAGUCACAUCUUACGAUGCGCAUUUUCCUCGGCCUGCUGAACGUCAUAAAUUUCAUGAUGUUCUGGAUAUGGUCGCUAAUCUACCGCAAGCAACCGUCCAGAAUACCACCAGCAAAGGAGACCUUGUUCUCGCUGAGCGCCACCACGCUCGCCAGGAUGAUUCGGCAGCGAGAGAUCACGAGCUACCAAGUGGUGUACACGUAUACGGAGCGGAUAAAGGAGGUAAAUCGCGUCCUGAACGCCGUCGUGGACAAUCGAUUCGGGCCGGCGAUAAUACAGGCGAAAAUUUGCGACGAGCAGCUGGCCGCCGGCAAAUUCGACGCGGAAACGUUGGAGAAGGAGAAGCCGCUCUACGGGGUGCCUAUCACUAUCAAGGAGUGUUGCGCUGUCAAAGGUCUUAGCUACACCGGUGGCUCUCUGAUCCGCAAAGGGAUAAAAGCGACCGCGGACAGCGCCGUCAUCGAGCUCCUGUACAACGCCGGCGCGAUUCCGCUGUGCGUUACGAAUACCCCGGAAAUGAGCAGCAACUUCGACACCUGGAAUCUGGUGUACGGCGCCACCCUUAAUCCUUACGACACCAGGUACUCAGCCGGCGGAUCGUCCGGCGGAGAGGGCGCCCUGCUCGGAUCCGGUGCCUCCUUGAUCGGAAUUGGCUCGGACGUUGCCGGCUCUAUAAGGAUACCGGCGAUCUUCAACGGCGUUUUCGGACACAAACCCACGAAUGGAAUAAUCUCGACCAGAGGUCACAUCCCAGAGUGCAAGGAUGAGACCUUCCAGAGAUAUUUGACGUUCGGCCCGAUGACCAGAUACGCCGAAGACCUCAGUCUGCUCAUGAGAGUACUGGCAUCAGACUGCGAUCGUGACUUGCGUCUGACCGUGCCGGUCGAUUUGAAGCAGCUGAAGGUUUAUUAUCUGCAAAAUGUGGACAACUCGUUCGGCAUAUUGCCGGUGUCGCCGGAGAUCCAGCAGUGCGUCUUCAAGGCCGCGCACCACUUCGAACAGCUCGGCCUCCACACGGAGAAGUUGCCGAUCAAUUGGCCAGCCACGAUAGCUGAAAUGGGGGCAGCGUCGCUGCUGAGUAUGAAGGAGCCUCCUCAGAUAUUGUUGUCCAGCGAUCCCAAGGGCCGCAAGAAUCCAGCGAUGGAAUUGAUGAAGUCUUUGUUCUGCCAACCGCAAUACACGAAAAGCGCCAUCUUCUUCUCCUUCUUGCUGGAGUCGCACUUCCCGUUCGCCAAGUCGAGCUUGUCGUAUUACACGAAGCACGCAGAGGUGGUUCGCCGAGAGUUACUGAACCUGCUGGGAGACAACGGAGUGUUCAUAUACCCGACCUUCCGCUGCCCGACCACGUUUCGGAGGCUCAUAUUGCUUGAAUUUAUAAAUUGCUCGUACGCCACUAUCUUCAAUGUCUUCGGCUUUCCUGCGCUGCACGUGCCGAUGGGACUCAACGACGAAGGGUUGCCAAUAGGUGUUCAAGUGAUAGCCGCGCCCUACCAGGAUCGGCUUUGCUUCGCGGUUGCGAAGGAACUGGAGACUGCCUUCGGCGGUUGGACGCCGCCUCCUUUCAGCGGCGCCGAUUCGCGUAAACGCGACUGAUGUGAUCGCGAACGCUUCGAGCUUGCGUCGCGAACGAGAGCGGGGUAAUUUUAUCUUGAAGAAGAACAACACGAGCAAAUACGAGUAUCAGCGGAGUGACCAAUUUGUUGACGAAUUUGUAAACUGUAUCAGGGAAAAAGUGUGUGUAUAUA